AAAAAAAAGAGUGUGUGACUAUCAAAGGAACUUGAUUACCAGCCGUCGUAGAUGAACAUAACCCCUUUCAUAGACACAAUCCUAGACCAUACUCUAAUGAAGAUAACGAUGGCGCCUUGCACGGCAUAUAUCAUAUGCAAAAUGAUUGUAUUCAUGCAAGGGGAAGAUCAGGUGAUACGAAUGGGAUCAACAAGCUCAAAGAAAGGAUGUGACAGGUUUAUCGGGGAUAUUCGGCCGGGCGCAGGUGCAUAGUGAGGCGAUACUACCUAAUUGGGGGGCUACGAAAGCGCCAGGGUAAGGUCAAGUG